GGAGUACACAGUCGCAGCUGACCGUUGCUUAGGGGCCACUUUCUCCUCUUCUAUCUGGAUAGAAAACAGAGGGACAACCUCAGUUAUUUUACACAGAGCCUGUCUGACUGUCUACAAUUUCUUUUUUUGGAAACUCUACCACUCUGUUUCCACUUGGACCCCGCUUUCCCCUUCCAGACGAUUGAAUUCCUUCGGGUUUCAGCGUAAUUGUUUGAGCAAGUACCCAGCAGCGCGGGUAGAACGGGCAGCGGCCGCAGCAUGGAGCCGUACACGGUCCCGGGAGCUCCGCUCUCCCUGUCCGGAGUGGAGCCGUACACGGUCCCGGGAGCUCUGCUCUCCCUGUCCGACCUUUACUCAGUUAUCCCCUUCAACGUCACGUUCCCGGACGAGGAGAACGGCUUGAUGGGCGAGCGGCUGCAGAACUACACCGGGCUGAGCGCCGGGAGUCUGAUCAUACCCAUAUCCAUCACGGCUCUCUACUCCGUCAUUUGCGUGGUGGGACUUCUGGGCAACGUCCUCGUCAUGUACGGGGUGGUCAGAUACACCAAGAUGAAGACAGCCACAAACAUUUACAUUUUCAACUUGGCUCUUGCCGACGCCUUGGCCACCAGCACGCUGCCCUUCCAGAGCGCCAAGUACCUCAUGAAGACCUGGCCAUUUGGGGAAGUCCUGUGCAAGCUCAUAAUUGCCAUUGACUACUACAACAUGUUCACGAGCAUCUUCACCCUCACCAUGAUGAGCGUGGACCGCUACAUCGCCGUGUGCCACCCAGUCAGGGCACUGGGGUUUCGGACGCCAGUCAAGGCUAAGUUGAUCAACGUGCUCAUCUGGGUCCUGUCCUCUGCGAUUGGAGUGCCCAUUAUGGUCUUGGCUGUUACCAAAGUGGCAGAUAAUGGUAGAAUCAUGUGCACGCUGAAAUUCCCUGACCCUGACUGGUACUGGGACACUGUGACAAAGAUCUGCGUCUUCAUCUUUGCCUUCGUGGUUCCUGUGAUGGUCAUCACCAUAUGUUACGGCCUGAUGAUCCUGCGCCUAAAGAGCGUUCGUCUCCUCUCAGGCUCCAAGGAGAAAGACCGCAACAUGCGCCGCAUCACCCGCAUGGUGCUGGUGGUGGUGGCGGCCUUCAUCAUCUGCUGGACCCCCAUCCACAUCUUCAUCAUCGUGAAGACCAUGGUGGAGAUUGACAACAGAAACCCCUUCGUCAUAGCCAGCUGGCACCUGUGCAUCGCCUUGGGCUACACCAACAGCAGCCUCAACCCUGUCCUCUACGCAUUUUUGGAUGAAAAUUUUAAGCGGUGCUUCAGGGAUUUCUGCCUUCCCUGUCGGACCCACGUGGAGCAGCACAGUCUGACCACAGGCCGCAACACCGCCAGGGAGCCUGUGUCUGUCUGCGCUCCAACAGGAGCGGUGAAGAAGCCGGCAUGACUAGGCAUGGAGUGGGUCCCCCAUAGCUCUCGCUCGAGGAGGAUCCAGCAAGAUCUGCAAUCAGAGAUAACCCAGAUCUCCACAACAGAGUUUUAAGAGAUCUUAAAGAGUAAAAGCUGGUCUCAAGGAAAUGAGUUGUGUCGCUUAUUCUCAACAAUUUGGCUGACUGGACAUUUAAAAGGAAUAGCUAAAUAUAAUUGAAAAAGAGUUACACUCUGAUCUUACUGUUGUAGUUAAGUACAAUGGAAUCUUUUUUCUAAUAAAGGCAGUGACAGAUAGGGUGAUAGCCCAAAGAGUAUAUCCAAAUGUUGAAGCAAGAUUAUUAAACAGAACAUCCCCAGCUCAUGAUUUAUCUGCCCAAAAAGGACCUGAGUACAAGAGUAAAGGACUUUUUGAUGAUUUAAAUUGGACAAAGAAACACCUGCAGGUUUCUAUCUUGUCAAGCAAAGAAUGCAUUGUUCAGACACCAUCCAUCAGAGAGCAUUGUAAAAAAAAAAAAAACAGACUGUCAGGGUGAAUAAUGUGCAACAAAGACAGGAGUUUAAACAAUCCAAAUUCAGUCAUCUCUUCUAAGCAACACCAAUCCAUUUAAGGAAAGAAAACAUGUUGGUAAUAAAAAUUAUUUAUUAAGAGGACACAUUUUUAUUUGCAUCUUUAACAUCAACACAAAACAACUGAGCCUUACAGAGCAGAACCACACACUGAUACCCACCGACAGCUGGAUGAUGAAUAACUGCAUAGUUUGUUGGACCACAAGGCCAACCACUCUCUACAUGGAGAAGUAAGGAUCUCGUUUGGUUUUCUGUGUCACAAAAAUAGACACUUGUUCUCGAUUUUUCCCUUUACACUCCGUCACCAUCAACUGUGUUGAAGGAAAAAUUGGGCGCUUAAUGUUCUAUGGAUUUGAAAAUGUCUGUCAUACAGGACAUGAAAUCCUAAUCAAGCCCAGUUUGUGGAGUUUUGUGCUCAGAUGGAAAAAUCCAGAAUGGCACCAACCACAGCUUGGAGUUUUCUAGACAUCUUUCCUGCUCACCUACUUGACUUUCAUGAGUGGUGUCAAGCCUGCAGGAAGCCUCUGAGCAGAAUAACAAAACAAUGGCAAAGCUGGCUCUGAAGAACAUUGUUGGAAGCCACAACACUUGCCUCGUUGGUUCACUCAACACCACCGCUUAGAGGAGAUUAUUGAUCUGCAUUUUUAGUCAUAUGUCAUCUGUCACAUGUAUAAUCUGUGGCAAAUAGGACAUAUUGAACGGUAAUUUAUUCCGGGUAAUUUAUUUACUCCAACAGAUCCCGACACCAAUCAAUGGAUGGCGUGAAGUUAAUGAUAAUUUCAAUUUAGCGUACCAGAUUAGGUAUGUCAGAGGCAAUAAUGAAAAGUUGAUCAGAAUUUGCUCUCAUUGGCGAAAUAUUUUGAAGGCGAAAUAUGUGUUGACAUAUAAAUAUGUCAAAAUAUGCCAUAGUUUUGAUAAUUGUUAAAAUGUUAAGUUAAUGUUGUAAAUGUGGAACAGAUGAAACACAGCCGAACUGAAUAUAAAUCAACGAAGAUGAGGGUAAAGCCCCCUUGAGGCAUUUGGGAUAUUGGGCUAUAUGAAUAAAAUUGACUUGACAAUGAAAGGGACAAAGUCAAUGAAUGUGAAUUUGUAGAUAAUAUAAAGCUUUUGCAUUUUAACAAAUGUGGCUUCAGCCACAGUUAAAAUGACUUUGAGAUGCAUUUGUGAUUAUGUGUGCUUUCUUUACAAUUUUCAAUCUUAAAAGGACAAUUCCGGCGCAAAAUGAACCUAGAGGUUAAUAACACAUGGGUACCGAGUCGACCGUUCUCUGGGAUAUGUUUUCAUGCUAAUCGAAUGUGACCAGUUAGAGCGCGAACCACUAAUUAGCUUGUAACACUAAUGGUUGGGGCACUGGUAAAGUAAAAAGAAAUAACUAUUUCUAUACCACUAACGAGGCUCAAAAUAGCACCACACUUCCACGGUAGCAUAAUGAGGGUCCCUAC